AUGCUACUUUUGGAAGUGGAUCGUGUUCUGAAGCCCGGUGGUUACUUUGUUUUGACUUCUCCUACGAACAAAGCACAGGGAAACUCACCGGAUACUAAGAAAACGAGCAUCUCAUCACGUGUUGAUGAGUUAUCGAAGAAAAUCUGCUGGAGUUUAACAGCUCAGCAGGAUGAGACGUUUCUUUGGCAGAAAACUGCAGAUUCUAAGUGCUAUUCAUCUCGCUCGGAAGCUUCUAUACCUCUUUGCAAAGAUGGAGAUAGUGUUCCGUAUUACCACCCUCUGGUUCCAUGUAUAAGCGGAACCACGAGUUUGAAACCUGAAGAGUUCUUUGAGGACAUACAAGUAUGGAGAUCAGCUCUUAAAAACUAUUGGUCCUUGCUUACACCACUGAUAUUCUCUGACCACCCGAAGAGACCAGGUGAUGAAGAUCCUCUCCCACCUUUUAACAUGAUACGCAAUGUGAUGGACAUGAAUGCUCGUUUCGGGAACUUGAACUCCGCUCUACUUGACGAAAGAAAAUCCGCCUGGGUGAUGAACGUCGUCCCUGUCAAUGCACGCAAUACUCUUCCAAUCAUACUUGACCGUGGUUUCGCCGGUGUACUACAUGACUGGUGUGAACCAUUCCCAACAUAUCCUAGAACAUACGACAUGCUUCAUGCUAAUGAACUUCUAACGAGAUGGUGUGUGCUACGAGAAUCCACGUCCUGCCUAGGGAUUCAUCGUAUAGUGUGCUAA